CUGAGACAGGAGACGCUUCUUUACACCUCUUCUGCAGCUUUUUGGGAUUGUUUUUGAUCCUUAAUUUCUGUCUGUAUAUGUUCACCCAAGGGGACUAGUAGUUUCAGGGAGGUCCGUUGAAGGAAGGAGCGAUGAAGGUGCUCUGCUGGACCUUUGUGAUCCUCACCCAAUGGAUUCUGCAAAAGGCACAUGGACUGGAGAAACAAGUGGCCAAAUCCUUGGAUCUGGUACCGGCCGGUUCUGUGAUGAAGACUCUUCCAUACGGGGUGGGUGGAGCGGGUGUUGGACCCCCUGGGGGUGUCAAACCACCUUACCACCCCGGCAGAACCUUCUCCACCAUGGACCACAUGCCAGUAAAACCCAAGCCCCCGAUCUACAGCUCCCACAACCCAUACGAAUGGGCCAGGAACCAGUCACUGCUUGUGGACCAGACAGGGUACCGCCCCAAACGCAAGCCCUCCCACAAGACAUCUUUAAAAACCAAGAAGAUAUUCGGAUGGGGCGAUUUCUACAUCAACAUUAAGACCAUGAAGUUCAGUGUGAUGCUCACGGGGAAGAUAGUCGACCACGUCAAUGGGACAUUCACUGUCUUCUUCCGCCACAACUCCUCCAGCUUAGCCAACGUGUCCGUCAGCAUCGUACCCCCCUCAAAAGUGGUCGAGUUCGAGGUGCUCCAACAACAGCCACCCCUCCACACUGAGUUCCAGGUCUACCAGCCUCACCAAUCCACCACUGACCCCAAGGAGGUUAAGACCUUCAACUGCCGAAAUGAGUACGAAAGGUAUGACAGAUCCAAGAAGCCCAAGCAGUGUCUUUAUGACCCCUCGCAGACCUGUUAUACAGAGCACACCCAGUUUUACUCCUCCUGGCAGUGUGCCAAACCCUUCAAGGUCAUCUGCAUUUUCAUCUCCUUUUUCAGCAAUGAUUAUAAGCUCGUACAGAAGGUUUGUCCGGACUACAACUUCCAGAGUGAGCAUCCCUAUUUUGGAUGAGAAGGAAUGUGCAUUGGGCUCGUCUGUUAUGUCUUCUAUUCAGGAAGGUUUUUUUGUGUGUGUUAAAGAAUGUGGAUUUGAAGGAAAUGGGUCUACACCAAGGUGGACAUAUUGAGAAGUUUUCAAAUACGUUACACAUUUUUGAUGUUUAUUUGUUUUGAAAGUUCUUUGUAAAUACAGUAUUCAAAACUUCAGCUCUGAUCCAAGGAUAGUUUUUUUCUCCUCUAUUUGCUCCUGUCUAUUUAUGGUCAGGUUUUAUUUUGUAAAAAUAAAUUGAAAGGGAGAGAGUGAGAGUGACUUUUGUUACUGUUUCAUCAGUGUGACGCAACACCAAAAUGAUCAACAAGUUAUUGGCAUUUGACUGUAAGUUCUACAUUUGUUUAUACCCCUUGUUUUCAGACUUGGAAAACAGAGCGGAGUUUCACCACUAAAAGACAAUGGCUCCCAAGACCAGAGGACUAUAUAUUACUUUUAUCAGAAUGUAUAUGAAAUGUUAAAGAUAGAAUAUGCACAAAAUAUAUGGCAACCCACAUUAAAAAAUCUGUUUAACUGUUGGUUUCAUUCUAUUUGUACUUGCUGUAAAUGGUGAAAAUGUAAUAAUGGGCAAAGACAUUUUGAAAUGAUUUUAAACUCUGUGGACCUAAAAGAAUACUGCAUUGUAUCAAAUCUUUGAUCCUUUUUGGCAGACAGGCCACACAUGUGAUUGAGUGAAGACUUAAACUAUUAACCCUUUCCACAAGGCCAAAUGGAGUACCAAAACAAACCUAUACUGUCAAAUGUUAAUCACACCAAACCAGGAUUCACCUGUUAUUUCACACGGGUUAUUUUAGGGCUACAGACAUAGAGAAUAAACCAGUCUGUAAAAUGGUAUUUUUAUAGUAUAUAAAGUGCUACCUAAAACACACAUCAACAUCUGUUAUUUCAUUAUUUAUUUUUUGAUGCAUAUGUAAAAUAAUCAUUUGGAAAUUUGGUUCGCUUGGUGAUAUGGACUGUGUGAGACAUUCUGAGAAAUCUUGAGGAAAUCACCAGAAGUUGGUUUCCUGCGGUGUUGCUUGAUAU